UAUGUUUAAAAAAUACUUUUUGUAUUUUAGGAAGCAUGUAGAACAGUACAGCCACUGUUUGUGAGCCUUCUCGUUAUGUACUUUACCGUAGACUCGGGUAUAACAACCAAUGAGGCUUACAUGUACGCAACAAUCAUCGUGUUACUGGGCGCUGCUGCAAUUACAGUGAAUCAUCAUUUUUUUCUCUAUUCAUCUUUGUCAGGAAUGAGGAUGCGUGUUGCCUUCUGUGGUCUUAUUUAUCGAAAGGCUCUCCGGUUGAGUAGUACAGCUUUGGGACAGACGACAGUUGGGCAAGUUGUAAAUAUGUUAUCCAAUGAUGUAAGCAGAUUUGAUCAGGAGUUAUGCUAUGUCAACUACAUUUGGCUAGCACCUUUGCAGUUGCUUGUUGUCACUGUGUUGCUUUGGUACCAGUUAGGCCCAUCAUGCUUUGCUGGUACGUCUAUCCUUUUGCUAAUGGUUCUACUGCAAGCCUGGUUCGGAACACUUUUCUCUAUAUUUAGAGCAAAGACCGCUAUGUUGACAGAUGAAAGGAUUCGUAUCAUGAAUGAGAUCAUCGCUGGAAUGAGAGUUAUCAAGAUGUAUGCAUGGGAGAAACCUUUUUGUCACCUUGUUUCUGAGUGUAGAAGGCGUGAAAUCGGAGAAAUUCGUAAGAGCUCGCUGCUUCGCGGUUCGAUUAUAGCAUUAUUCUUUGUGACCACCACCCUGGUUAGUUUUGCCACCUUCGCUGUAUAUUCGCUUACUGGUAACACACUAACAGCAAGUAAAGUGUACCUGGCGAUGCCAUUAUAUAAUGUUCUACGACAGUCGUUGGUUUUAUUUUUCCCAUAUGGCAUCAUGAUGACAACAGAAAGUUUUGUUUCCUUUCGUAGAAUAAGGACAUUUUUAAUGCUAGAAGAGCUUCAGCAAGCUGCUAUUGGGGGUCAACGAAUCAACACUCGACCUAAGCCACAAGAUGUAGAAGUGACAAUUGAAGAUCUAUCAGCAUCAUGGGAUCAGGCCAAUAGUGAAAUGUCAAUGAGAUUGGUUCUGAAGAAUAUUAAUUUUAAAGUGAAAUCUGGAGAGCUGCUGGCAGUCGUUGGACCAGUUGGCUGUGGAAAGACUUCUUUGUUGAUGGCAAUCUUGGGUGAGGUACCUUACAUGACAGGAAAGGUGAAUUUAUCUGGUAGGCUAGCCUAUGCAUCCCAGCUUCCGUGGGUGCUCUCAGGCACGAUCAGAGACAACAUUUUAUUUGGUAAACCAUACAAUAAACAGCAGUUUGAACAUGUAAUUGAAGCCUGUGCUUUAAAAACUGACUUAAAACAUUUACCAAAGAAAGAUCUAACACUAGUUGGGGAGCGUGGAGUUACCCUUAGUGGAGGUCAAAGGGCAAGAAUUGGCCUUGCAAGAGCAGUUUACAAUGAUAUGGAACUUUAUCUUCUUGAUGACCCCUUAAGUGCGGUUGACACUCAAGUUGGGCGGCAUUUGUUUGAUGUGUGUAUUAGAAAGGGUUUGAAGGAUAAACCUUGUAUAUUAGUAACUCAUCAACUUCAGUACUUGGAAAGUGUUGACAAGGUACUUGUUAUGAAAGACGGUCAGGUAGCUGGAUAUGGCACAUACGAUGAACUGCGGUCUUCUGGGAUUGAUUUUAACGUCUUCCUUAAAAAACGCGAAACAAUAGGUGAUGAUACAAUUAGUAGCUCUAUUCAUGAUUCAACUUGUGGUUUAAUGGCGGAGUCAAUUUUUAGUUCUCAGCGUUCAUUGAAAUCAAAGAAUUCUAUGUGUACGGAACCUGCAGAGGAAGAAGAAACAACCGUUUAUAAUGGAUCAGAUUGGUGGUUGUCAUAUUGGGUAUACAAAGAAGAAACAACACAAGACAUUGAUUUUUCGAAUUCUACAGAUGAUUCAAUGACUAUGUACAUGAUAGAUUCAAAUUGGUAUAUCUACAUAUUUUGUGGUUUGAUUGCUGUUUUAUUUGUGACAAGUUUUCUUAGAUCAUUCAUGACUUUUAUACUUGCUACUGACGCUUCCAAGAAUUUGCAUAAUCAGAUGUUUCAUGCAAUUGUACAUGCACCAAUCAGAUUCUUCGACACAAAUCCAAUUGGUCGAAUUCUAAAUAGAUUUGCCAGAGAUAUUGGAUUCAUGGAUGACCUUCUACCAAUUACAGUGGCAGAAAUUGUGCAGAUUGCAUUGAGGGUUUUUGGAAUUAUUAUCACAAUAUCAAUAUUCAACCCUGUUGUAUUCAUUUUUGUUGUACCAAUUGGUUUCAUUUUCAUUCUUGUACGAAUGUAUUACUUAAGUACCUCGCGUGAUGUGAAACGUAUUGAAGGAAUAGCUCGUAGUCCAGUAUUUUCACACUUAUCAGCAACCCUACAAGGUAUUAGUACAGUGAGAGCAUUCCAAGUACAACGACCAUUUAUUGAUCAAUUUGAGGGCUACCAGGACACACAUACACAAGCCUGGUACAUGUUUCUAACCACCUCGACAUAUUUUGGUUUCUGGCUCGACUGGUUGUCGUUAGUGUUUAUUGUAGUUGUGACAUAUGGCUCUAUCAUUCGGUCCGACGUUUCUGAGAGUAUUAAUUCAGGAUCUGUCGGUUUGUCUUUGAGUUAUGCAUUAAGUUUGAUGAUUGACUUCCAAUGGGGUGUCAGACAGAGCGCUGAGAUGGAGAAUUUGAUGACAUCAACAGAGCGUGUUCUUGAGUACACUGAUAUUGAAUCUGAGGCUCCGCUUGAGUAUGACUUUAAACCUACUUCAGAUUGGCCUAGAUAUGGUUUCAUAUCAUUUGAAAAUGUAUCGCUAUGUUAUUUCAAUGGAGGACCAACCGUAUUGAAAGAGCUCUCCUGCUGCAUUCAGGCUCAAGAGAAGGUUGGUGUUGCCGGCAGAACUGGUGCUGGAAAAAGUUCUUUGAUGACAGCUCUGUUACGCUUGGCUGAACCAACAGGAAAGGUCACUAUUGACGGGGUCCUAACCAGUAACCUUGGACUACAUGACCUUCGAAAAAGUAUUUCAGUAAUACCGCAGGAGCCAGUAUUAUUUAGUGGAUCUCUUCGCAGAAAUCUAGACCCUUUUGGAGAUCACAAUGACUUGGAUCUGUGGAAAGCACUAGAAGAGGUUCAACUUAAAUCAAAAUGUUUAGAGUUUCCUGAUAAAUUAGAAGCAGCAGUUUUAGAAGGCGGAACCAAUUUUAGCGUUGGUGAACGACAACUUUUAUGUUUAGCACGAGCCAUGCUCCGGAAUGCUCGUAUUUUGAUUGUAGAUGAAGCUACUGCUAAUGUGGACAUCAAAACUGAUACCCUUAUCCAGGCAAAAAUUCGUCAGAGGUUUAAACAUUGCACCGUUUUAACAAUUGCACAUAGGCUGAAAACAAUUAUGGACUCGGAUCGUAUUCUGAUUCUUGAACAAGGAAAAUGUGUUGAAUUUGAUGAGCCAUUCGUAUUGCUUCAGAAAAGGGACGGGUUUCUUGCACAGAUGGUGGCAGAAAGUGGACAGACAGAAGCCGCUAAAUUACUCGCCAUUGCAAAAGAAAAGUAUUAUCGUAAAAAGUCAAAUAUCUCGAAUGAAUUAAGUGGCAAAAACUGUUCAACAUCAGCUCUUACUAAACUCAUUCCUAAAGGUGUUAACAAUCUUACCAUUGAGACUAACUUAUGAGCUAUUAAUAGGUCGCUGGGCCCUGGAAAAUAACAAUGCGUUUGCAUUGAAAGGUUACCCAGGGUAAAGAAGAAAUAAAAUAUAAGGCCACUGUGUUGAUAAACAUGUGUUUAGACAUUUUCUUAAUAAUUACAGUGGGAGUUAGACAUGUUUACAUGGAAAUUAUUCGUAAGACAAUUGUGAACUUUGUAAUAUGCCCAAUAAGAGUGCAAACGUCCCAAAUCAUAUAUACUCUGUGAUUAACUGUGAUAUGCCAUAUCGCAUCGUGUCCAGUCUAAGUCUAAUAAGACACGUAUCGUCUGUAUUUCACAUGAAAAUCACUUUAAUAUAUUCUAAGCAGGAAUGGGGAAAAGAACACACACCAGAAAAGCGCCUGCAUUGCACAGGUUUACUGAAAGUCUUGUUAUUAAAUUUUACAGCUUGAGAUCUCUCAUGUAAAAAGCCAGAAAUCCAGAAAUUCAAUCUAUGGUUAACAUAAUUAUAUAGCUUUCAAUUUAUCAACUAAUAAGUGAGGCUGUAUAGUAUUGAAAAUGCAGAGCUGGAAUCCAGAAACAGAAAGAGAACUCUGGCAUAAUAUGUAGAGGCUUUUUCAGCCCGGCAAGGCAUCCUCAACAACUAUAUUUUUUUACAAAGUUUAUAAAGCAAAUAAUAAUUCUCAAUUGCAUGGAUUUAAUUAAAACCAGACUAUUUCAGCAUCCACUA